AUGGCGGACCUCACGGAGCCCCCUCGAACAACCAGCUUAACUCUCAAUGCAUAUCAAACAGCACUGUGCAUUAUUCCUCCCACACCAUUUGUUGAAGACACUAAUCGACUCCGCGCGUUGUAUGACCAGGCCUUUGAAAAAUGGCCAGCUCAUGUCAAUUUUAUUUACCCCUUUGUGUCAACUGACCGCUUGCCAGCCGCCGUUGAUCUCAUCCGGUCAAAUCUUUUUUCAUGGCUCACGGAAGUUGAGGACACUUGCUUCCAUGUCCGUCUCAAUAAGCCCGGAAAUUUCACACAACGACACGGAAAUAUCGUCUACCUUGCACCGGAUGAGAGCGACGGUUUUCUUAAUCUCAACGACUUUCGGAAUGUGAUUCUGAAGGGCUUCAAGCAGCCCGCCAACGAGCAGCAGAGAGGAUACCAACCCCAUCUGACGAUUGGCCAGAGUAAGGCCAAUGAUGAUAAUGCUCGUGAUCAUCUAUUGUCGAAAGCAAAACUACUCCCACCUAUUGAAUGGCGGGUGGGACAGCUUGCAAUCAUGGUCCGCGAAAAGGCGGGCAAUACGAGGAGGAUGAAACUGUGGGGAACAAUUGACUUGGAUGGGGCGGCCACAUUUAAUCAAAUUGUUGACACGCCUCAAGAUAUGGAACAGGGUAGAGAUGGAAGUAAAAUUUCCACCUCCCCAACGAGUUCGGAAUUUUCUUCGCAAUAUUUGCAUUCAAUUUCAGAACGUGGUGGUUCAGGCGCUGAAUCCAGGAUUACCUAUAUGUUUGCAGCUGAUGCUGGAAUCUGGACUCCUGCGGAAGCAAGCGGUGGGUCAGAAGACGAGGAACAAAUUCAGAGUGCAUUGAAGGUGUCAAGUUACAAUGUCCUAGUCGAUUCUAUAUAUCCUCCGGCAACGGAUAGGCAUCAAAUCCUUCUCCAGACCCUUCUCUCCAAAGCUUCCACGGCCGACGUCUUGGUACUUCAAGAAGUUUCAGAUAGCUUUUUGACAUACAUCCUUGGCCACGACGCUAUUCGAACAACAUAUCCUUUCGCUACUCAUGGUCCACCAGAGCAGAAGGGAAUCGGCCCAUUACCGAGUAUUAGAAACGUUGUUGCGUUGAGCCGUUCGAACUUUACGUGGAGUUGGCUCCCUCUAGGUACCAACCACAAGGGUGCAGUUAUUCUCGCUCUGAGCGAUAUUGGCAAAAUUGAUGAGUCCGGUUACGUGCCGGCGAUAAUCGCUGGAAUUCACCUUUCCAGUGGUCUAUUUGACUAUGCUGUUGCGGCAAGGAAGCAACAGCUCCAGAAAUUAUCAAAUUUCCUUUCUGCGAACUAUACCAACAACCCCAAGGUUAUCGCCGGUGACUUUAACAUGACAACUUCUACCAUCACUCAUGAAGAAGCCUCUGGGAGAAAGUCAAUAUCUUCGCGAUCUAUCGAGACUCUGCCCGUGCUAGAGACUAUGUUACAAUACGCUGGCUACUGGGAUUCGUGGUCAGUAGCCCACACCAAGAUCAGAGACAUGAUGUCGCCCGCUAGGCUUGAACGAGAUUUCACACAGCUAUAUGACGGAGAGCAGGGGGCUACAUUUGACCCUCUGGAGAACUCGCUUGCCGCGAUUUCAUCUGACAGCACGGCAAACCCAAGACCUCAGCGAUAUGACAGAAUACUUUUCAGCAAGGACGAUUUGCGGGUGACUGGGUUCAAUAUGUUUGGCUUUCCUGUAGAAAUAAUUGAUGAAGCAACUGGAAAUAUUGAGCGUCAAUUUCCAAGUGACCAUUGGGGGAUUAGAGCGUCAUUGGAGUUCGACCCGAAUGGUGGAGAAGACGUUGACCCCUUCAAAUCUAUGCCCCUUUAUGCCAAGUUGGCCCACUCCAACUUUGAUAAUCCUGCCGGGCUGAAAGUAUGUCUGGCAGACAAGUCAAUUGUUCCAUCGUCGGAGGAUGCAGAGAAACGGAAAGCUGCAUUUUCGCUUCUGAAAAAUCUCAUUCAGCAUGGCUCAUUGCCAGAGUCUGGCAAAGGCAAAGAGAUUGACCAGCCGAGGCUCUCAAUUGUAGUUACUACAGUGGGUUCUUACGGACUAGGUGUUUGGACUGAUUCGUCAGAUGUGGAUUGUCUGUGUGUUGGUUCGAUUAGUUCGAAGGUCUUCUUCGAGCUUACUCUACAGAGACUCAAAAAGGGAGCAGAAUGGGAUGUGAAAAUCCUGAGGAAGGUUAAGGCUGCUACGGGGACAAUGUUGGAGCUUGAAAUCAACAGCGUCAAGUUCGAUUUGCAGUAUUGUCCAGCAGCAGCUGUUGCUGAAAGAUGGCUAGAAGUACCUCACCUACCUCGAUCUAGCCCCUUAUUUGACCUAGCAUUGCUUCCUCUAAUGAAACUCCAACCGUACCGGGACCAAGCGUACCUUCAACGAACGGUCCCAAAUCCAGCUACAUUCCGUUUACUACAUCGUAUCAUCAAGGCAUGGGCUAAGCACCGUGGAAUUUACUCCUCCAAAUUUGGCUACCUUGGCGGAAUCCAUAUCACGAUGAUGCUGUCCCAGGUGAUGAAGCUCCUCCCCUCUCCCGCUCCGGCACCCAGCGCUGCAGAUAUCCUCUGUACAUUUUUUAAUUAUUAUGGAAACUUCAACUGGAAGGAAGGCGUCAUGUAUGACCCGAGCUUCCAUAAGAAACCGCCUCUGUAUCAUAGAACGCCCCAGGAGGGUAUGGUUAUACUAACGCUCCAUGCUCCUGUUAUGAAUGUUGCACGCUCCGCUUCGAUUCCUUCCACGAGAACAAUAGUCGAUGAAAUGAAACGAGCAGAUAAUCUCAUUUCAGAAGGAAAUACAAAUUGGGCAGAACUCGUUGGGAUUGUGGCUAACACUGGAAAGUCGUCUUUAUCCGUUUCUGGCGAUGAGUUUCUGAGAUCAUACAACAGUUAUAUCAAGAUAAAUGUGCAGUAUUGGGGGUUAUCGCUAGCGAAGGGAAGUUCGUUGGUGGGAUGGUUGGAAUCCAGAUGCUUGGUCCUUCUUGCUGAUCUACAUCGAAAAUUUCCAGACAUCCAGACCAGAAUAUGGCCUGCCAGGUUUACACAGAUCGAGGACCACGAUGAUUCCACCCCAGCGCAAGAGGAGCGUGAAUACCAGGGCUGCUACCUAAUCAGUUUAACAAAAGCAGAGCAUGCCACUGAUCCAACGCGCACGCUUAGCAAAUCUGAUCGCAAACUCGCGCACGAUACACUGCAAGCGUCGAUAGAUCAAUUUGCAAGUAAUAUCCACAACUAUAAGAAAUACUUCGAUUCCGCAUCGGCCUGGGUAGACGUGUCCCAUGUCAAGCAGGGCAAUCUAGGACCUCUGAAUCUCGACGACAGAGACUGGGGUGCUUACAUCAUCCAAGACAACGACUUUGAUGACUCCGAUUCAGAAGAUGACGACUCAGACAUAUACCUAGAGGAGGGCGGUGAUGACAACGCCGACGACGACGAAGCAACCACCGAAUCUGACCUCCUCCCAUCCACCAAAAAGAAAAAUACCCACAAAUCCACCACCAAACCUCCCGUAUUACCCGCGAAACUGCGCCCAGCCUCCGACAUUCUUAGUCGGCUCCGCUGGGACCCGUCACUUCAUGGCACGGAGUAUAUCAUCGGCUAUGAAGAUCGGUUCUUGGGUGAAAAGGAGAUUUCGCUCGAUCGGUGGAAGUCGGAGCAGACGGACGAGGAGUUUAUUCCGCAGCAUCGGAUUUUGUAUUUCAAGCGGAAGGAUGAUGGGAGGGUUGUGUGGGAUCGGGAGGCGCGGAGGGAUGAGAUUUUUGGGAGUGGGGUGGGUAAAGGUAAGGAGUUUUGA